GCCGCUGUCGAACACCAGCAACAACAACAACAACAACAGCAGCAGCAACAACAACAACAUCAGGAACAAAAGCGGGUAGCUGCCGCGCUAGCGAAUGCUGCAGGGACUUCAGCACCGUGUAGUCAACUCGAUCAUGUGACUUUGCUCUCAGAUCAUGGCCUUCGCCUAGAUCAGACGUCGCCUACGUCCCAGUCGACAGCCUCCUCAUCUCUACCUUCUCCUACAACAACCUUCUCUUUGAAAGAGCCUCCUCCCAAAAAAGUUGCCAACCACAGUCACUCCAGUUUAAAACGACGUUUUAAGCAGCAUCUUAAACGUCCGGCCGCUCACGAAAUGGGUGUCACUGAAACCGAUCUCGUGUACGGUGAUACUGACGUUAUGAAUUCGAUGUCUGUUUUCGCCCAACGUCUCAUGGCUUCCUCAAAUCGUCACAGCCGGAAGACUUUUCACGACCAACGUAGUGUCCGACUUUAUAUGGGCCGAAAUAUUUCGGUGAACGAGACGGAGGAGGAUGAGGACGACGAAGAGGAAGAAGAAGACUUCGAAGACAUGGUGGACUUUGAUGAUGAUGAGGUUGUUGGUGAAGAGACGCAACUGAGCUCCCGCUUUGGCAGACCGAGUAGUCUUUCUGCGACCGAUGCUGUGUCUCUCACCAGAGAGGAUCUUUACGAGCAGUACGCAAGUUCUCGUACUGGCAGACACCUUAGUAAUGAACAAGAGGGAAACGUUGUUGCCCGUGACUCCCGAGAUCCGGCGGUUUACCUUUUUCAAUCCAAAAGAUCUCGUCCUUCCGUAGUUGAAUCUACAACCCCGUCACAUAAUUAUAACUGCGACGGUCAAACAUUUGAUUCUCCCCCACUCCUCACCAGACAGGCCUUAAAAUCUAACUCCUCUGCCUUUGAGAGACGCAAAUCGAAGGACUUGACUGACCAACAAAAUUAUACUAACAGGCGUCGCCCUCGUUCUUUAGACCGUUGUUUUGGCUGCCGCCCUCCUCCUGGCUUUGGCUCGCGACGGAGAUGUUUUUCAUUUUCUGCCUUCGACUCUUUCCGUAAAUCGAAACUUCCGGGAAAGUCUAACCACCGGCAUGAGUCCUUGGAACGCCAGGAAGGUGACUUAACUAAAGUGGACUACUCCGAACUCUCUCCACUUACGCAAACCCCUGGGCCUUGCUGUCAACCCUGUGGUUUUCCUACUGUCUCACAUUCGGAUAUCCAACAAACACCUACUUCCGCCCUUGCUGAAGCGCACAAAGCAGGUCUCCGAUCGUGUAAUGGCCGUAUAAAUAUACCCCAUAUUCCCACAGGGGAGCACAAACGCUUUGGUUUGAAACGCCCCUCCACAACAUCGUCGACCGCUGGACGGCAUAAGAGAAAGCGUUUAAGUCGACUGGAUUUGGAUGAUACCUACGACUUUUGUGCUGGUCCAGAAUUCUUCGUGAACCUCCCCACAUACAGUGCUCCAACUCCGUCUGCUGUCUCCUCUUCCUGCUCGAAGGAAUUUUGUGGUGAACGUUUUGCCGCAGCUGCAGCUGCCGCGGCCUCCGCCACGUCGGCCUUUGAUGCAUUCAUGGUGAAAGGCAUGUCCACUCGCGGAGCUGGUGGGGACGACGAAGAUGAUGACGACGAGGAGGACGAGGCGAGUUUGAUAAGAAUGUCACGUACCUCGUCGCAGACUCCUCCAUCAUCUCCCUCCUCCAGUUACCUAAAGAAACGUCUCUUCUCCGUGAAGAGGGAGAACGCCAAUCUUCGGUGUCAGUUGCAGAGCCUGUUAGAGCAGCGCAACAGCCUACGUAAAGCCAAUUCUUUUUUGCUCAAGCAGAAUGCUCGCCUACGGAACUGUAAUAAGCGCGCAGUUGCGGCCGUUCGAGCGGCCGAACAGGCAGUCGGCGCGAGCAGGGGUGGAGGACACAGGACCAAUCGUACUGUUGUCCCUCCUAAAAGGCCUUCCUCCCGAGAGCCCCACCCCGACCGGUGA